AUGUCGCAAAGCAAGAAUGACGACUCGGAACAGGAUCUCGACCAACGACCAACCAAAUUACAGAAGGUCCAAGAUAAUCAAUUCGAUCGCAAUGGCGGAACUUCUGAACCAGCGACAAGUACCACGGCCCAAGCCCUGCCGGAUACCAAAAAUGAAGACGGCACACCGAUGUCAAAAUCACAAUUGAAGAAACUGCGGAAAAAGGCCGAAUGGGAAGCCAAACGACCUCAGUGGAAGGCCCUGCAGAAAGAAAAGCGCAUAGCCCGACGCGAACGCAAGAAAGUCGCCAAACAGCAAGAGCAACACGACGACGCCGACGAUGGAAGUACCUCAGCGCAGCGAAAAAGCCGAAGUAAUUUCAAACCCAAAGCCGUUCAGCUUCCCAUUACAUUCAUCCUCGACUGCGACUUCGACGCCCUCAUGAACGAGCGGGAACGCAUCUCGCUCGCUUCCCAACUUACCCGCUGCUACUCGGACAAUGGUAAAUCACGCUUCCGCGCACAUUUGGCCAUCGCAUCUUUCGGUGGGCACUUAAGAGAGCGGUUCGAGACGGUGCUCACGCAUUACAAAGCGUGGAAGGGUGUCCGGACGUUCGAUGAGGAUUUCGUGGCUGUCGCGAACCAGGCAACAGAUUGGAUGCGCGAGGGAAACGGAGAAGGCGGAGUUCUCCGGGGGGCAUUUGCCGAUUUGGAUGUCGAAAGGUCGGCAUAUGUUGAAACGCGUGGAAAGAAUCUCCAGGCGCUGCAAGAUGCUGGCGAGAUCGUUUACCUUUCCUCCGAGGCAGACGAGGAUCUCACCGAGUUGAAACCUUACAGCACGUAUAUCAUCGGCGGACUGGUUGAUAAGAAUCGCGAAAAGGGCAUUUGCCAUCGUCGGGCGACGGAGCGAGGAAUGCGGACGGCGAGACUGCCGAUCGGAGAAUUCAUGGAAAUGACAAGUCGGAAGGUUCUCGCGACGAAUCAUGUCAACGAGAUCAUGCUCAAGUGGCUGGAGUGUCGGGAUUGGGGCGUUGCAUUUGAUUUAGUGAUUCCGAAAAGGAAAGGAGGAAAGCUGAAGGGAAGUGAAGAAAACAGGGACGAUGAGAAUGGCGACCAGGACGAGGACGAUAAUGAUGACGAGGAUGAUCAAGACCAAGAUCAAGAAGAGCCUGACGAUGAUCGAGAAGAUGGCGGUGUUGAAUUGAAGGCUAAAGAAGAGACAGAUGAUCGGAUAGAUGGUAAAGUUCCCACGGCUCUGCCGUCAUGA